ACCAAAAUGGGUUCAGGAGCACCCCGUACACUGCGAAAUCCCGAAACCCGGCGCAUUCCCAGGAGGGGCGAGAUGAGAGGGAAGCCAGGAGAGCGGCCGCUUUGAUCCCGCUCCAGAGGGAAGGUGCCGCCGGCGGCGAAAUCCCUGCGGGCAGCCCUGGCACGAGGUGCUUUCUCUUGGCACACCUCUGAUCCUCUUCACACCCUGUCCCGCUCUUCCUGCUCCGUUCCUUUGCGGCUCCCCCCGGUCGCUUGCCAUGGCCACCGCGCUGUCCCGGCGUCUGGGGAAGCGCUCCCUGCUCGGCACCCGCGUCCCUGCCGACGGGAUGCAGAUCCCGGGAUUGCAGCCCGAGCCGGGCCGGGCCCCCGCCGCCCACGAGGACGGAUCCUGCGCGCUCUCCGUGGAGGAGAACGGCCAGGCUCCCGGAUUCCCCGGCCUCCGGCAGCUCCACUCCAGGCAGCAGGUCCUCGUCACCUCCAGCGGGCAGGAAUGUGAGCAGGGGAAGGUGCUGCUGCCAGAGCAGGGCUCGCAGGGCUGCUGGAGGGUGCAGGACACGCUCCAACCUCCCGCUGAGAUCCUGCAGAGAUCCGUGUCCAGCAGCAUCGACGUUCCCAAGAGGAAAGGCGACGCCGCCGUGGAGAUGGAUGAGAUGGUGGCAGCCCUGGUGCUGACGAGCCUGUCCUGCAGCCCCGUGGUGCAGAGCCCUCCCGCCGGCGAGAGCGGCCUCCCCUGUGAGUGCGCGCCCUGCGGGGACGGGAGCGAAACCCCGGAAUUCCGGAGGGAAACGGGGAGGGACGCGCUCCUCCCCACGGGAUCUCCGGGCUGGGAAUCGCUGCCUGUGUUUGUUCUUCAGCCCUGGCGCUGAAGAGCUGCUGGGGUGGUACCAGGAUCGUGGAAUGGGAAUCAUGUAGGGUGGAAAAGGCCUCCUGGGAUCACGGAAUCCGACCAUUCCCCAGCACUGCCAAGGCCACC